AUGGCAGGCCACAAACGCGCGGCGGCCGCGCAGCCAACCCAGUUCGACGCCUCAGCACUCCUCGCGCAAUCUACGCCCCACAUCGAUCUAAACCUCCCCUCUCUCCGCGCAGCCCACAAAGACUUUCUCUCCGCCGUAUCCGCCUUCGCCGCGCGUGGGACGGCCGAGAUGGCCCGGCGCGCAGACGCGCACACUGCCGAGACGCGCCGACUACAAGAACGCGCGCAGGCGCUGGAGAAGGAGACGGGUUCGCUGAAAUUGGCCGAAUUGGCAUUGUUGGACGAGUUGAAGGUUGAAGAGGCGCAGAGGAAGGAGGUCGAGGCGCGCAGAGCCGAGGAUGCGCGAAGAACCGCUGCGCUUGAAGAGACUAUUGCGGCGGAGCAGGCUGAGGUUGCGAGGUAUCGCGCGCUUGUCGGCAGUUUGCGGAGGGAAAGGGAAGCGGAAAGGGCUACGCUGCAGAAGCAGGCGCAGAGGGUCGCGCAUGAACUCGAGGAGCUGGAGAAUGCCAUUGGACUGAAGAUCCAGGGUGUUGCGAAGCAUCAGCUGCUGUUUCAAUUUCAUUGCGUUCGCGGAUCGCCAUCGUUCGUGCUCGACGUCUCGACGAAGGACUAUCAAGUCCUCACAAUCUCACCAAACGUACCCACACUACCCACCCUCCUCGCCGAACUCAACAAGUCGCGCAACCUAUCCUCCUUCGUACGCGCCAUCGAACGAGCCUUCCGACGAAUAGCAGACGCAUGA